UCCUUCCCUUUGUGUCUUCCCUUCAUUGUUUCUUUUCCCUGUGCCAGAAAAUCCUUUUUUGUACUUUAUACAGAGGAAAUAAGUCAAAAUGAUAGGUAGUAGCAUGGGUUUGAAAGAAAAAAAGAAAUGAAGUAGGGAUUCCCAUCCGGUGUGUUUUCAGCAUUGCAUUCUCCAUGCACAAAUAAAUAUUCCAAAACAUGUAUGACAUCCUGGCAAGUUGAUGGGAAAACUAUCAUUGACUUAAAUUAAUUUAGGAUUUUGUCCCAUAUAUGGUUUGUAAAGGCAGCAGUGACCCAGAUCAGCAGGGUUUCCUAGACAGUGUUUCUUUCUAGAUCUGCUAGAAAGUCUUCACCAUGAGAGCCUUUAUUCUGUUUACUUUGGGUCAUGUGUAGCAUCACAAGGGUAGGGAGGGUGCAAAUAUUUUUUCUUGCCCUCUUCAAAGGCCACCCACAAUGUGACUGAGGCAUGUAGGUACUGUGCAUUGGCAAUAGCCUUAAGUGGGGUGGAGUGAAGGUGAGGCUGUUUCCUGUAGCAACCUGCAUGGAACUUGGAGGGAGGAGCACAGGUUGCAGGAGGGAAGAGUUUGGAGGAGGCACCUGGAAGACUCUCGGCAUGCACGUGUUUGGAAUGCUAGCCGCAGUUGCAGCCUCUCUUAAUAAACGGCCAAUUUAGUUUUACAAGCUUGGAGUCUCUCAUGUUAUUACUCAGCAGGUGUUACAUGAAACAUUGCCAAUCCUCCUGGGCCAUGCCUCCCAACAGUCUUGGAUUUCGCAGGGAUCUCACUUUGACCCUCAAAGCCCCUCUUGCUUGAAGGCCACUUUGCCCCAAUCCCUUCAUUUGAUGGCAUGUGACAUGGUGCACUGGCUCACAGCACCAGUCAGGGUUGGCCCGUUUGCCUCUCCGUGUCCAUCUACGAGAGGUGGAUGGGCCAAACCUGAGUGGCACUGCGUCCCACUUUCGCUACUUUGGACUGCUGAAAGGUAUGCCCUUGGCUGGCCCAGUGCCUAGGGAGCACAAACCGCACCCUACCAAGUAGUGGAAGAGCUGCUGGCAGCGUACACUCCUCAGGAACCUCUCCUUACAACUACCAAUCCCGGGUUGUCUUUUGAAGUAAUGUUUUAUCCCUUUCCCCUCCAUUUCCUGAAUAAGGAGUAAGACUUCUGGCCAUAAAUUUUCCAGCCAUGCUGUCUGAAUGUGCUUUUGUUAAUGAUUUAGUAUAAGUUGUCCUUGAAAUGUCCCAAGGAGCUACAGUAGCAUUAACAAUGCAUUAGAGAUCAAUUGGAAUAAAUUAUAGGGAAGAUAGUUGAAGUAACCUCGAUCAGGAACAGUGGGAAGCUGACAUACAUGCUCUGAUUAUGAUACAAACUGCACAAGAACCCAUCAGCUGUCCAUGUCUUCACCCCCAUUAGUAGAUUUCUUUAUCAUCCAUUCUUUCACUGAUUGUCACUCACAGUCUCGUGAAGUUUGCUGCUUAGAAGUUCAGGUGGACAAGGAGGAAAAUAAAAAGUAUUUGAAAGAGAAUAAAAAUGUUGUGCUUACGGUGGAUGCAUCAUAUGAAGGAACACAGAAAACCACUACGGACUCGGAUAUUUUCCGCUUUCACUGCAUAAAGAGUUGGGAGCCAAUACUAAAAGCCAGGCUGCAGUGUGUUUCAGAUACAGAAGAGAAUAAAGACAAUUCAGAUGACUCCUUAACAAUACCCUUGACAUUACUUGCUGUGGGACAGAAAGUGAAAGUAGGCCUUCCUGUAGAAAAGGGUACAAAGUUGGAGCUGCAGGUCCAAGUAAAUGAUUGCCCAGAAAGUCUAGAUGUGCGUUUAGGGUACAAUCUGUGUGAAGAGGAGCAAGAUUUCUUACAGAAAAGGAAGAAGGUGGUUGCUAGUGCCUUGAAAAAGGUUCUUCAGCUGAGGAGAGAUCUGCAUGAGCAUGAGAUCCCAGUGAUUGCUGUCAUGGCAACAGGAGGAAGUGUCAGGGCAAUGUCAGCAAUGUAUGGCCACCUCUUAGGUCUCCAGAAGCUGAAUCUCUUGGACUGUGCUACCUAUCUCACUGGUACUUCUGGCUCAACAUGGACCAUGACCAACCUGUACAAAAAUGCCAACUGGUCACAGAAAACUCUGGAAGGGCCAAUCAGUCUAGCAAAGAAACAGGUGAUGAAGUGCAAGAUGAAUGUUAUUUCCAUGGAGCAUCUUAAAUAUUAUCACGAAGAGAUGAUUAAGAGGGCAAAAGGAGGACACAUCUCAUCUUUUACAGGGCUGUGGUCACUUGUUCAGGAAGCGUUUUUACAUGAUGAGCCAGAGGAGAGUAAACUCUCAGACCAGCGCAAGGCCUUGGAUCAGGGUCAGAACCCCUUGCCUCUCUAUGCAAUCCUCAAUGUCAAAGCGGAACAAAUCAGCACUUUUAAAUUUAGAGAAUGGGUGGAGUUCUCACCUUACGAGGUGGGAUUCCAGAAAUACGGAGCCUUCAUUCGAUCAGAAAAUUUUGACAGUGAGUUCUUCAUGGGGAGGUUGGUGAAGAAACUCCCAGAGUCUCGGAUCUGCUUUCUGGAAGGUAUCUGGACUAAUGUUUUUACUCGGAAUUUGCUGGAUUGCUUAUACUGGUCCUCAAAUUCAGAUGAAUUCUGGGACCACUGGGCCAAAGACAUGGUAGAUAUAGGUAGAGAAAAUAAUGCUUCUGAUGACUCUUCCAUUGUCAUCAAGUCUCCAUGUUCCAUAUCAGGGAACCUUUGCGAAAUCUUUAACGACAUUCUAACCACCCGCCCACUACUGGAAGAGACUCAUAACUUCUUGAGAGGCCUAGAAUUUUACAAGGAUUAUCUCCAACAGAGAGGAUUUAUUGAAUGGAAAGACACUGUGCUGGAUAUAUCCCCUAACAAACUGACUCCACGGGAGAAACAUCUUUGCCUAAUAGAUGUUGGCUAUUUCAUUAACACCAGUUGCCCACCGCUUCUCAAGCCAGAGAGGAACGUGGAUGUCAUCAUCUCACUUGAUUACUCGAUGGGCAAUAUGUUCCAGCAAUUAGAGAUGACAUACAGAUAUUGCAAAACACAAGGAAUCCCAUUCCCCAAAAUUGAGCUGAGUGAGGAAGACAAGAAGAAUCCCAAGGAAUGUUACGUGUUUUCAGAGGCAGAGAACCCCAGAGCUCCCACAGUGAUCCACUUCCCAUUGGUGAACAACACUUUCAAGGACUACAAGGAACCUGGGGUGAAGCGCAGUCCCUUGGAGAUGAAGGAUGGUGAUAUAAAUUUGACUAACAAAAACUCACCAUAUUAUUUUACAAAACUGGUGUACUCUGCUGAAGACUUUGACAAACUGGUAAAUUUGAGUAGCUACAACAUCCUCAAUAACAAAGACCUGAUUCUACAGUCCAUCCAGAGGGCUAUGGCAUGGAGGAGAACCAGCAUGAGUGGACGUUUACCCACCGGUUCUGAAGUUCAGUCUGCCUAGGCAGUAUUUCUGCAUCAUCUACCUGCUGUAGGUUACAGUGUUCUGCCAAUAUUUUACCAGAGGCACUGCUGGUUACCUAUUACAUUGUAUGAAGUGAUACGGCAUCUGUGUAUUUCUCAUCUUGUCCAUUUCAAAUUGUCUUAGCUGUAAACAAGUUUUAUUAAAAAAAAUCCAGUUUUUGCAGCCAUA